AUGCGCUUCUUGUCAGUCCUUUUCCUCGCUACUUUACUGCUGGUCGGUACCAUCUUGGUAGACGCCAAAAAGCACACUGCUACCGCCGUCCGUCGUCGUGAACAACACAACAAUUCCAUUGAAAAACGCCAUAAAUAUCAUGGCCGUGCUACUUGGUUCGUUCCCUCCCUUCACGGUGGCUCAAUGGGUGCAUGCUGGGAAUAUGAAGGUGAUCAUGAAUAUGUUGUUGCCAUGAACUCGGUGCAAUAUGGCUCCUUGACUAACAAGAGUGGCUGGUGCUUCAAAAAGAUCCGUAUCUAUGCCAACGGCAAACAUGUUGACGCAACCGUCAAAGAUGCUUGCCCUGAAUGUAAAUACGGCGAUCUCGAUUUGACCCCUCCUGUGUUUAAGGCUCUUGGAGAUCUCGAUACCGGCAUUCUCAAAAUCACCUGGCACGAGAUUUAA